CCCGCGCGGCGCGGGGCCGCCCCGCCAUGCCGCCGCCCGCGCUGCUCCGCCUGUGCCUCUGCGCGGCCGCUGCCGCCGCCUGCUCGUUCCGCCUCCGCGGCGACCACCAGCUGGCCGGGCUGUUCCCGCUGCACACCGAGGCGCGCCGGGAGGCCGCCAGCCUGCUCGUGCGCGGCUGCGACGAAGCCGCCUUCAAGAGCCACGGCUUCUGCCUGUCCCAGGCCCUGCGCUUCGCUGUGGAGGAGAUCAACAACUCCACCACGCUGCUCCCUAAUGUUACCCUGGGCUAUGAGAUCUAUGACACCUGCUCUGAGACUACCAACCUCCAUGCCACGCUGUGUGCCCUUGCUCGUAAAGGCCAGCAGUAUGUCCAGGUGCUCCCCAGUUUCCAGCACUAUGAACCCCAGGCGGUGGCUGUCAUUGGCCCUGACAGCACCCAGUUGGCUCUCACCACAGCUGCUGUUCUCAGCCUCUUUCUUGUACCAGAGGUAAGUGCAGCUUCUACAGCUGAUGAAAACCAGGGAUCCCAAGGAGUGACGGUUUCAGGGAUGGUGGGCCCAGACCUGAGGAGACUAGUAGCGCUGGAAAUGCAGCCCCUCUGUGUAUUCUGUCACAAGAUAUCUCGCAGUCAGUGGGCUGGCUUGCCAUCCAUUACAGCUUUCUCCUGCUUCAGCACACUUGGCACUGGGUCCACUGCCUGCCCAGCUCCAAGUCUUCCCAGGACAGGCUGCCUAUGCCAUUUGCUCUCAGGGGUGCAGCUUUCAGGGCCAGCGUAUCCCCUUUUCCCCUGGCUCUCAUUACAGAUCAGCUACGAAGCCUCCACGGAGUCGCUGAGCCUGAAGCGGCUGUACCCCUCUUUCCUGCGCACUAUCCCCAGCGACAGGCAGCAGGUGAAGGCCAUCUUCUUGCUGCUGCAGCACUUUGGCUGGACCUGGGUGGUGCUGCUGGGCAGCGACAACACCUAUGGCAGGGCCGGCCUGGAUGCUCUGCAGGAGAUGCUGACUGCAAGCAACGUGUGCGUGGCCUACCGAGGCACCAUCCCUGACAACUUGGAUGCCAGCAACCCCAAGCUUCACAACCUGGUCCGAAUUCUCACAGAUGUCAAGGUCAACGUCACUGUUGUGUUCUCCACCAGACGAAAUGUUCUGCCAUUCUUCAAGAUGGUGGUCAAGAGGAACAUCACAGGCAUGGUGUGGGUGGCCUCUGAAGAUUGGUCAUUGGCUCAAAGUAUCUGGCAGGUACCUGGCAUUCAGACCAUUGGUUCAGUGUUUGGGAUGGCAGUAGAGAAGCCAGAGUCCACAAUGCUGGAACGCUUUGAAGCUUGGAGGAUGUCGGAGGAACGUACUGUGGCUGAGUGUGCCAGCAGUGCAGAGGCAGGCGAGGAAUCUGCGGGGAACAUGCGGCUGGACUGCACCCAGCGCUGCAACAGCUACCGUGCGCUUGCCAAUGUCCCUGACAUGUACGACACUCAAGGCUCCUUCAACGUGUACUCGGCUGUUUAUGCCGUGGCCCAUGGCCUCCAUGACCUGCUGGGUUGUGCCUCGGGGGCCUGCAGCAAAGGCACUGUCUAUCCCUGGCAGCUCCUACAAAAGAUUAAGCAAGUAAACUUCACCCUGUACAAUAGCCGAAUCUCUUUUGAUGCCCAUGGGGACAUUCAUAAAGGCUAUGACAUUGUCAUGUGGAAGUGGCUGGGUCCAAACUGGACUUCUGAUGUGAUAGGAACCUUCCGUGUGAACCCUGACAGGCUGAGCAUUGAUCCAGGCAAAGUCCUGUGGCACACAGAAGAUGGCCAGGUACUGUUCUGCACCCAGGUCUUGUUUAUUGCUUGCUUCUCAGCUGACUGCAUCCCAAUGCCACCAGUUCUGGGAUGUUUCCUCAUAGCUCCCAGCUCGGUGUGCUCUGAGGCCUGUGAGCCAGGAGAGAUGCGGCUGCAGCAGAGCCGCCACAAGUGCUGCUUCAGCUGUGUGGCGUGUCCACCAGGAACCUUCCUGAACACAUCGGGUCAGUACACCACAGGAGCUCUUACCAGGUCCGAGGUGUGUGAGCUGUCCGUGUCCUCCACAGACCCUUUUGACUGCCAGGCCUGUGGCUUGGAUGAGUGGGCCCCAGCGGGGAGUGAGGUCUGCUUCAACCGCACCAUCCAGUUCCUGUCGUGGUCCGAGCCCCUGUCCUGGGUGCUGCUGGCCCUGGCUGUUCUUCUCAUGCUGCUCAUAGCAGCGCUGGCUGUCCUGUUCGCGCUCAAUUCCUCCACACCUGUGGUCAAGUCCGCGGGCGGGAAGACGUGUUUCCUCAUGCUGGGCUCCCUGGCCUGCACCUGCAGCAGCCUCUUGUGCUACUUCGGGGAGCCCUCGCAGGCGACGUGCCUGCUGCGGGUCCCCCUCUUCAUCAUCAGCUUCACCGUGUUCCUCUCGUGCGUGGCGACCCGCUCCUUCCAGAUCCUCUGCAUCUUCAAGCUGAACGCGCGCUACCCUGCGCUCUACGAGGCCUGGAUGCGGCGCCGGGGGCCGGUGCUGUUCGUGGCCGCCAACUCGGCGGUACAAGUGGCGCUGUGCGUGGUCAGCGAGGCCACCAGCCCCUCGGUGCCGCGCCGGGAGUACGGCGCACGGGACGAGUGGGUGGUGCUGGAGUGCUCCGAGAGCGCCGCGGCCAACGCCGCCAUCGCCUACACGGUGCUGCUCAGCGCCGGCUGCUUCGCGCUCAGCUACGCGGGCACGGACCUGCCCGCCGCCUACAACGAGGCCAAGAGCCUGACCGUGAGCCUGCUGCUGCACCUGAGCUGCUCGGCCGUCGUGCUCUGCUCGCAGGACCUGCUGCUUGGCCGGGCCGCGACGGCGGGGCGGGUGCUCGGCACGCUGGGCACGCUGGCAGCGCUGCUGGGCGGGUACUUCGUGCCGCGAGCCUUCGUCAUCCUGCUGCGGCCGCACCAAAACACGGCCGAGCACUUCCAGAUGGCCAUCCAGGAGUACACGCGCCGCCUGGCCGCCGCCUGA